UCAUCCAUGGCUGUGCUUAAAGUCAGGAGGAGAAAAACAGAAGCAGUUAAUAUGCCUAUGAGAGUCUAUGUAGGAUAACUGUAUUGCAUGACUGCAUUUAACAGCUAAUAGAAAGUUUUGCUGUCCCUCUUAAAAAUGUUUAUUUACCGCACUGCAUAAGAAAAAUACAUAAUAAUUGUAAUAAAUUCUCAGCCAAGCGGGGCGAAGGGCGGAAUCGCAGGGGAUCAGUGCUGUCAUGAGACGAGACCUCCGAUAACUGAUGAGCUGGGACGUGAAAACUGCACGUGAAAAUACCGUCAAAUCCAGUAGCGGAAGCCGGUGUUGCUAUGAUGAUGUCAGUCAGAAUGGCUCCUCCUCUUUCUCUGAUCUUUCUGCUCGUGAUUCACAGGGCUUAUAGUGAGACAGAGCAUGUGGAUUACAUCCCUCUACACAUCUGCGCUCUAAAGAACUCGUCAGUGAUAAUGAGCUGCAGUUUUACAUACCCUACUGGACGUGAGAUCAUUAAAGUGUUCUGGACCAAAACAAAAGAUAAAAAUGCUGAUUAUGAGUAUCCAAAUCUUUCUGAGGACCCUGAAUACAGUCAGAGGCUUCAGUAUCUGGGAGAUAAACAGAAGAACUGCACCAUCAGACUGAGUCAUGUGACACAGAAGGAUUCACAGAUGUACUAUUUCAGAUUCACAACUGAUCAACCUAAUGUGAAAUGGCUUGGUGUUCCAGGAGUGACUCUGACUGUCACAGAUCUUCAGGUGGAGUCUCCUGAGACAGUGACAGAGGGAGAUUCAGUCCGUCUGACAUGUAAAAGCAGCUGCGCUCUGACUGACAGAGCAACAUUCAUCUGGUACAGAAACUCACAGCCAUUAACUGAGAGAAGAGACAGAAACAAUCAACUCCUGCUGCAGUCAGUCAGAAGAGAGGAUGCAGGCAGAUACAGCUGUGGUGUACAGGAACACACUUACAUCUCUCCUGCUGUUCAGCUCAAUGUCACCUACCCACCAAAGAAUGUCACAGUGUCCAUAAAUGGAUCUGGUGAAAUAGUGGAGGGAGAUUCAGUGACUCUGAUCUGCAGCAGUGAUUCAAACCCUCCUGCUCUGAACUUCAGCUGGUUUAAAGGAGAAAUGUUUGUAGGAUCUGGAAGAAUCUACAGCAUCUCAAACAUCAGCUCUGAUGAUAGUAAAAAAUACAAGUGCAAGUCCAGCAAUGAACAUGGAGAGAAGUACUCUGAUGCUGUGACUUUGAAUGUCAUGUACCCUCCCAGAAGUGUCACAGUGUCCAUCAUUCAGUCUGGUCAGUUUUUGGAAGGUGAUUCAGUGACUCUGAUCUGCAGCAGUGACUCAAACCCUCCUGCUCUGAACUUCAGCUGGUUUCAGGAGAAUCAAAGCUCCUCUGUUGGAUCUGGACAGAGUUUCAUUGCACUACAGAGUGGACGCUUCUACUGUGAAGCUCACAAUCAACAUGGAUCUCAGAGAUCAGAUGCUGUUACGGUCACUGUUAAAGGACGUCUGAUGACAUUACACAUAUCUAUGGUUUGUGGAGCUUGUGGAGCUGCAGUUUUCAUCAUCACGAUGCUGAUUUUAUGGUUAAAAAACAGAAAUUGUGCACAAAAUGCUCAGAUGUAUCAUGAUGGACAAGCUUGCGAUGCUGAAAUGACUAAUCCUCUGUAUGAGAAUGUAACUGCUGCUCAACAUGGCUCUAAUACCUGUAAACCUGAACCGAACUCUUCUGUGUAUGAAAAUAUUCCAACACGAAGAAGAUGAAGUAGUGUUCUGGGACCACAGAAAGGUGUACAGCUUUUAUAAAUCUCUUUGUGGGUAUAGACCUGGAGAUUUCAUGAUAUGGUUGAAGUAAUUUGCAGAUCAUAUGAGUUCAAAUAGCAGUUAAAAGUUAAUGAAUUGUAAAAGUGUCUAAUCACUUAACCCUUUGAUAUUGUUCAUUUUUUGAGUUGCACUUAUGUUGUCCGUGGUCAGAAGUAAACAGACACCCGAAAUGUAACAUUAUUUUUUUUUUUUUCAGUAAAAUCAAUGUAAUACAUUUUUGUUCAAUUUAGUUUUUUUAAUGCUGAUUUGAAAUAUCAGUUUUGAAUUAACAUGAACACAGAGAAAGACAUUUUAUUACACAUAACAUCAAAGUAAAAAAAAAGUAUAUAUAUAUUCAACCUCUUAUUUGAAUUAUGGCUCAAUUUUGCCAUUACACUCGCAUCAAGUUUAUUUUUGUGUGUGUAUAUGUGAGAGUGUGUACAGUAAGUGAGUCUGUGUUUGAGUUUGUGUCUGUGUGUGGGUAUUUUUUGUACUCUUGAUGUUUUAGGGUUUAACCCCUUUUUAUAAUGUCUGUGUUUUUACUGCAUUGUGUUAAUGUGUCAAUUAUUGAUUUUAUUUCCCACAUUUGCAGAAAAAUGCUUUGUGUUACAGUCACAUAGUUCUUAUACUGUAUGUUUGUCUGUGGGGUGGGAGGGUGGUGUGUGUCUAUUUUGCACUCUUGAUAUUAUAGAGAGUCACUCCUUCAUUGCUGUGAACAUUUUGUUUUCCACGUAAUAAAUGAUUUGUAUUUCUGUACACAUAAUUUCUAUAAUUGUAUAUUGUAUACACACACACAA